GGCGGUUCCUGCUUGCGCUGGCUGCGGCCUGCCUGGCACUGAGGGAGGGGGCAGCCCAGGCCCCGGACCGGCGGCGGCGGCGGCGGGGCGGGACUAUGGACCCGGCGGAGGCCGUGCUGCAGGAGAAGGCCCUGAAGUUCAUGAUACUGGAGCCAGCCUUUUGAAGAACUUCUCUUGCUUGCACUUUCACUCCUGUGUCAGGAAACAGGCAGAGCUUCCAUGAGAUGCUGGUGGACGUUUCCAUGGCACUUUCUGACCCACCAAAGGCACCUGAUGGAUUUCAUCAUAGAGGAGGAGGAGGAGGAGACAGAGGAAGAACAGUACCCUGGCAUGGCAGACUUGCACUGGCAGAUGCAGCUCAGUACAACCAGUGCAUCGGGUGCAGGACUACAAGACCUAGGAUGACCAGCAGUGGGUCUAGAACUUUUGUGUGAAGAAAGCUACAUUUCUGGAGCUUUGUGAGCAGCUUUCCCUGACUCUCCAGUGUAAAGACACACACAUGAGGCACUCUUGCCUGUCCAUCAGCGGGCUGCUAUGACCGCCUGGAAGCUGGCUACCCCAGACUGCUACAGAUUAAAAUCCUGGUAGAGGUGUCCACAGAGCCAUUUGGAUGUCAAUGUCAUCAACGCUGUCUGCAUUACUAUGGCUUGCUGUGCUCCUCGCAAUCUUUGUGAAGCCAGAGAAUCUCUCUGGAUACAACCUGGUUAAUCACAGUUCCAGAAGUGCAGAGACAAUGCCCCGAAUACACAUGCCCAAAGAUGGAUUCCAACUUGCAUCUUCUGGAUACCAAGCAUGGCUAAAGCAGUGCUCUAUGCCCAGAUCUCUGUGGCUGGGCUGCUCCAGCCUGGCGGACAGCAUGCCCUCGCUGCGAUGCCUGUAUAACCCAGGGACUGGCGCACUCACAGCUUUCCAGAAUUCCUCAGAGCGAGAAGACUGUAAUAAUGACGAACCCCCUAGGAAGAUCAUUCCAGAGAAGAAUUCACUUAGACAGACCUACAACAGCUGUGCCAGACUGUGCUUAAACCAAGAAACAGUAUGUCUAGCGAGCACUGCUAUGAAGACUGAAAAUUGUGUGGCCAAAACAAAACUUGCCAAUGGCACUUCCAGCAUGAUUGUACCCAAACAAAGGAAGCUGUCUGCAAGCUAUGAGAAAGAGAAGGAGCUGUGCGUCAAGUAUUUUGAACAGUGGUCCGAGUCCGACCAAGUGGAGUUCGUGGAACAUCUCAUCUCCCAGAUGUGUCAUUACCAGCACGGACAUAUAAACUCGUACCUCAAACCUAUGUUACAGAGGGACUUCAUCACUGCACUGCCAGCUCGGGGUUUGGAUCACAUUGCCGAGAACAUACUGUCGUACCUGGAUGCCAAAUCGUUAUGUGCUGCUGAGCUGGUGUGUAAGGAGUGGUACCGGGUGACAUCUGAUGGCAUGCUGUGGAAGAAACUUAUUGAGAGAAUGGUCAGGACAGACUCGUUGUGGAGAGGGUUGGCAGAGAGGAGAGGAUGGGGACAGUAUCUAUUUAAAAAUAAGCCACCUGAUGGGACUGCCCCACCCAACUCCUUCUAUAGAGCACUUUAUCCAAAAAUUAUACAGGACAUAGAGACAAUAGAAUCAAACUGGCGGUGUGGAAGGCACAGUUUACAGAGAAUCCACUGCCGGAGUGAAACUAGCAAAGGGGUUUAUUGUUUACAGUAUGACGAUCAGAAGAUAGUAAGUGGCCUGCGAGACAACACUAUCAAGAUCUGGGAUAAGAAUACAUUGGAAUGCAAGCGAAUUCUGACUGGACACACGGGUUCCGUCUUGUGCCUACAGUAUGACGAGCGGGUGAUCAUUACUGGAUCUUCUGAUUCAACCGUCAGGGUGUGGGAUGUGAAUACCGGUGAGAUGCUAAACACACUGAUUCACCACUGUGAAGCAGUACUGCACCUGCGCUUUAACAAUGGCAUGAUGGUGACUUGUUCCAAAGACCGUUCCAUUGCCGUCUGGGACAUGGCUUCCCCAACAGACAUUACCCUGCGGAGGGUCCUGGUAGGACACAGAGCUGCUGUCAACGUAGUGGACUUUGAUGACAAGUACAUUGUGUCAGCAUCAGGUGACAGGACUAUAAAGGUCUGGAACACUAGUACCUGCGAGUUUGUGCGCACCUUAAAUGGCCACAAACGAGGCAUCGCUUGUCUGCAGUACAGAGAUCGGCUAGUAGUGAGUGGCUCUUCAGAUAACACUAUCAGGUUGUGGGAUAUCGAGUGUGGAGCAUGUUUACGAGUACUGGAAGGCCAUGAGGAGUUGGUGAGAUGCAUACGCUUCGAUAACAAGAGGAUAGUCAGUGGGGCGUAUGAUGGGAAAAUUAAAGUGUGGGAUCUUCUGGCUGCUCUGGACCCACGUGCUCCAGCUGGGACCCUCUGUCUGCGAACCCUCGUGGAGCAUUCUGGGAGAGUCUUUCGACUCCAGUUCGACGAAUUCCAGAUCAUCAGCAGCUCGCACGAUGACACAAUCCUCAUGUGGGACUUCCUGAAUGACCCAGCUGCCCAAGCAGAAUUGACCCGCUCCCCAUCCAGAACGUAUACCUACAUCUCCAGAUAAAUAACACUACACUGUACCUCACGCGCACAGAACUCGUUUAAGCUGCAGUAUUUAAAUUAUCUGCCAAUGCCGGGACAAAAGAACUAUCCACAUAACCAAUCCUUGCGGAAGAGAGAGGCUCUCAGAUUCAUUUCUAGAAACAAAGUUGGUCUGCAGUUGAUCUCCGACAGGUUCUGCUCAGCGCAGCUGACUGCUGAAGUGCUGCUAUAUCAGAAGAUGUCUUUGGUCUUUCAUGAACGAUUAACAUUUUUAAACCACCUCUCUUCCUUUUCCCCUCUGCCUAGCCACUUCCCUGUUUUUCCCUCUUUCCCCAGUCACAGAUGUCCUAUAAAUAUAUUUAACGUGUUGCCAGAAUUUGUUGCUUUGGUGUUAAACAGAAGACUCAUUGCCACUGUGCAUCCUGCUGAGAGUCACUUCCGGGUGGGGGGGAAGGGGCUGCUGCUUAGAAUAUUAAACAACAUCAUUGCUGGGCUUUUGUAAGACCAUGUAAUUGCUGACUCUGAAAAUCAGCAAACACCGUGCUGGAGAGAAGGUGAGAGCCCCUGCUGCCUUUGGGCGUUCUCUCUGGAAAGCGGGGCUUGUGGAGCUAUUCGGCAUCUGAAGCUGACAGUUUGGAGCCAAAUCCGCCUCUUGCUUUCAUCUCUUGCUUGUCUCUCUAACUCUUUGGAGGCUGGAUGUGUAUCCCUCCACAGUCAUUGGGCUGCCAGUCUGGUCAGUGCCAGUCCACAAAAGGUUAAACUGGCUUCUGCCCAAGUCCCGUCUUGCCUGGGGGUGGGAAUCAGUUCCAGAAGGGUAGGGGGCAGUAUUUCACUAUCAAAGACAUUAUCUGUACCCAGGGCAAGAUUCUGUUUCUCCUGCUAUUGGCCCUGAAGACAGUAUGGAUUUUGUUAAUGGUUUACGAUUUCUACUUCUGAUUAGAUAGAAACAUGAGGCUGGGGUGGGGAGAAGACUCAGCAACCCUUUUUCCUCCUCCCCCAGGAGAUGCCACCACCAGAGGAUGGAAGAGGGAGCUGCAGAGGACCUUGUUAGCCCAGCUUUGGGGGGCUUUUGUGGCUGAACACAUCCCUAAAUAAGAAUAUAAGAGCUGCUGUAGUGAGUCAGAUGAGUGGUCCAGCUAGCCCAACAUCCUGUCUCUGACAGUGGCCAGCAUGAUGCACUGUGACCCAGGAGGGCAUGGCUGGAUUGGGUCCUGUGGCUGAUUGGGCAAAUACAGCCAGUUGGCUGGGACAGGCAUGCGUGUUUUCUCAUUGGUUUAACCAGUGGGAUUGUCUAUCUUGGCCAGCUGGCUGUACCUCUAGGCCAGCUCUGCAUUAUUUCUGGGGCUGGUGCUGCCAGUUCCCAGUGUGGGCGACGGAGAUGAGCUUUGUGACCUUCCUGAGCCCCAGCCUUCUCUGCACUACAGUUUAGAAACAGACGAUAAUUAACCCAUGUCUGAUAAUCACCCUGACUCUUCACACACUAGCUGAGACUUUUGAGAACCACUAUGGCUCAGAAUGGAGAGCAUCCCGCUGGCAGGCAGGACACGAGCAGCGACUCUCAUCAUCUCAGCCAGUCAGCUAGAUCAAAAGGGCCAGUGGGGGACUCUGCAGGUGCUGGCUUCCCCACUGCCGCGGGAACAGCAAUCCGAAAGGCCUUGCUUUUGGAAGCGGAAGGGUUAAAUAAAAUAAUCUCCAGUCAUUCCAACCUCAGUUGAGGGUCUGUCAAAAUUUCUGGUACAAAUCUUAGGCCCAGUUCUCCCACUGCAGGUCUUGAAUGACACCCAUUGCCUUCAUUGGGAGUUUGUCCUGUCCUGCACUGGGAAACUAGACCCCUUUAUCUCCUCAGCUCUAAGGUUGGAACUUGACAGAUGAGAGAUUUGACUGGUAUAUUCUCGCCAGCCUUGCUCUGCUGGGGGUCACGAUUGCAUCACUCUAACUAGCUUUGCUGUCCUUUUUCCACCAGCAACGUUUUUGCAAGUGACUAGCCCAAUAUACAAGACUUGCUCUCGGUGACUCGAGGAGCUAGCAGAUGGGAAGGCAGUGGAGACAUUGGAAGAGCUGGUAGAGCUCAGAGUACUCAGAACAGCUCCAAAGGAGCAUGAGAAUCAGUGCAAAAAGAAACACCGAGCUCCCAUAUGUCUUCAGGAGGGCCUAGGAUGCGGAGCGACUCUAAAGAGCCUUUUAGUCAGAGCUGGUCAUUGACACGCCUCUGACUUUCUAUUUGUUUAAAUUACUAUUGUAAAAUAAACGAACUCUGUUCAGAUAACAUUCAUGGUCUGACUCAGAGGGGCAGAGGCAAAGAAAUGUUGAGUCAAGGCCAAAAGCUUAUCCUUAAUACUAAGCUGAACUAUUGCCAAGGUCACUGGCUGCUGGGUGAUCAGACAUACUGGAUCCCCAAAGCAUGGCCGGAGACGGGUGGAUCAUUUUUUUCACUCUGAAUUGCUCCGGCUGAAGUGGAGUUCCAAGUCUCAUCCUUAAUGUUGUUUGAACACAGCUCCUUUUGGUUCAGUUGUUACAAAACUGGAGUGUGGCUGUGUGAGAGUGGACAUUAUAUGGAGCUGGCUGCAGACUCAACAGCUUUUCUUUCCUCCGUUUGUCUUGUCACUUUUCGGCUACAGGCUGUGCUAGACGAUCAUGACUCUUCGCCUUGGAUGCUACAGAGGUUCUCGCUGUUUUAUCACUGUCCUUGGGGGUGGUGCCUGCUAGCGUAGAGUUUGUUUUGCUAAUUAUGAGGACUUGGGGAGAUCCAGAAUGCUUACUGGCCAAACAUGGAGACAACACUGUUGCAAGUCAUCAUUGGUUGUCCUAGCCCUGCUGUUCUAUGCUGCUAUUUUGAAACUUCUAAGCAUUGUUGGGUUUUUAAGUGGUACCAGAGUUGUAAUUCUGCUGUAUAAAUCUGUUUGUAAGGUACAGUGUGUGAGCAACUGCUGCAAUUUUUUUUUUUGUUGUUACGGUGUAUAGUAGAGUGGUUUUUGACUCUUCAGGAGGGACUAUAUCUGGGUACUUAAAUAUAGAAUAGCUCAAUGGAGAAUCCUACCCCAACCCCCAAGUUCCUUCUGAUGUCUAAGAAGGAAACUGAUCUAAGAAACUCAAAUCUGCCACAGCUCCCAGCCUUGGGGUCAUCUGCUGUUCAGCAUAGGGGAGGAAUAAUGUGGUUAUUAGACCUUCAUGUCAAGACUAAGCUGGCUUUCUACCUUCUCCACUAAGGAUCUGUGUGUGAAGAUUUCAAUGUGAAUUGACUGCGUAAUCCCCAACAGGGCUGGAGUAAAUGCAGCAUUUAAAAAGAAAAGAAAAAUCAAAUUAGCCUGCUGAAAGGAGCUAGAAGCAAGGGCUAGAGGUGUCCAUGGACUUCACGUGUUGCACAUCCAUUUGAAAUGAGAUACAUCUGCUGCAUCGAGACUGUCACUUCUCCCACAAGAGUCUUGCCUUUUGGACGUGGGGACUGGAAACGAGGUGGGACAUAAGAGCAAGACAAUCCAUUACAGUGUCACCAACGCCAGUUUGCGACUCCAGGGCAGCAAGAGGCCAGGAGGGAGCCUUGUUGCAAACCCACGUGUUUCUGAUCCCAGGAGGAAAGCUGCUCAUGUCAACCUAUGCAAACCCAGAGGACCUUUGCAGCUGUUCCUCUGCUCCCUGUUAACUUUCAGGGAUGGACACAUGCGGUUGGAACCGAGGGUUUCAGGUGGAGAGAGUUGAGGUCUGAUCAUUGUGAACAUCAAAAUGCUUUAAACUUGUUUCUGAACUGGAAGACGAUGUGGCCUGCUGUGCUUCCCCUUCCCAUCCACUUGUCCCUGCAUUGAAAGGAUCCUUCAGUCUGUAUUUUAAUCCCUGUACACUCAAAAGCUGGAGAGUAUGGUGCAUAUUUUUCCUCUUUCUCCCCCCUGCACUGUCUGAACAGAACAAUGGGCCUGAUGCUGAGACCCUCAUCACCCCGAAGUCCGGUUGGGAGUUAUGGAUGUUCAGCACUUGUCAGGUUUGGGCCUGUCACUCAAGUGUCCGUCGAUUUCCUUCAGCUCCCUUUUAGGUCUGCUUUUGUGACCCGGAAUUCCUGAACUGGUCCAUGGAGCAUUUGGUGGGAUGAUGCUUAGCUGCCCUUCCUCCUCAGCAGCUGAUAAUGGAGCAGAGGAGCCAGCCUGGCUGCUGCAGGGAUAUGGCUCAUUUGCAGAUGAGCUCUCGCCUGCAGGAGGGGAGGGGAAGGGAAGCAGCCCAGGUGAUUGGAAAGGGGAGGGGAGAGUGGCUCCUCUGCGAAGGUGGGGACUACACUGAACAAAUGUCAUGGCCCUGGUCUAGAUUGUGCACUGCUCUACAGUGUGCAGUUGGUUUAGAAGGAAGGAGAUUGUUCUAUGUAGGAGAGGGUAAAAAAAAGCCUUGUCAGAAACAACUGCUUCCUAGUAUUGCCGGAUUGGUUGACGCCCUGUUUUUUGUACCCUUUCGGGGUGGGGAGGACAAUCUGAAAUACAGUCAUUGGGAAUACCAACUGCCAAAGAGAACUUUACCAGGGGCCUCUUGCGGCAUGCAGGAUGCGUUUAUCUUGCUGAGCUUUGCCUUGUUGUUACCCCCACAUCACCACAAGCAACAAGAUUUCCAGAAAGAGAGGGUAACUUCAGGCGACCCCAGCUGCACCUCCAGAGGCAGGGCCUGCACAUGAAAUCUCUCCUGUGAUUGCCUGCUGGUUUUCGUCCAUGUGGUCCUCGGUCACCCUACCCUCGCUACGGAAGAGUGCUGCUCAGGGAGACUCCAGGUCCCAGCAUGCAAUGCUCCGUCUUGAGCCAAGCUGCCAUCACUUGGUUUGAGAUGGAAGAUGGCCUGCUGGGACUUGUAAGCUCUGACAGCUGCACCUCUGUGCUGAAGAUACUGCCAGCUGCAUUCUGAGGCUUUUUUCACACAAGGUUUGGCCUUUCGGCUGCUGCUGGCAGGUUCCCAACUCAGCCCUCAGUUGGUCUGUGGUAGGGCACCCUGCACCCUAUCAUAACAUAUGAUGCCUAAUCUGGCUCAGGAAUCUACCCACUCGCUACCUUUUAAAUUAUCCUCUAGGUGCCCUACCAAACAGCCUGGUGGCCAGCUCCUCUGUCUGCCUAGGACCAGGAGCACACUUCCACGCAACUGGAUUUCAGUCCCCAUUUGCUCGUGCUGUUACAGUUCUGUUCAACACACGUCCAUAACAUUAGUGACACUUGGUCUGCCCUACCAGCUUACCCUGGUGUAACUACGUCACUCAGGAGUGUGGAAAACCCAUCCCCCAAGCGACGGCAUUAUACCCACCUCACUAUGUCGGUGGGAGGGCUUCUCCCAUUGCCCUAGUGCUGCCUCUUGGGGGCUGGAGUCCCUGCGCUGGUGGGGGAAGCUCUCUGGGUUGCAUAGUAGCUGUGCUGCUGCAGCGCUCUAAGUGUAGACAAGCCCCGUGUGUGUACACACCCGCUGACAGGUUUAAUUCUCAGCUUGAGGGGGACACAUGCACUACAGCCAUGCCUGAGCAGAGUCCCACCAGACCCUCCUGGGUACAGUCCCGCACAGCUAGCCCGAGCCACCACCCAUGCUGCUGCAGCAACGCUGCCACUUUUAGGUACAAACUCAAGCAGAGCUAGUGUAUCUGUCUACCCAAGCUGGGAAUUACAACUCCCAGCGGCUCCGUGGAUGUAACCUUAGGGAUGCAUUGCUCACCACAGGCCCCUUACAAUACUGCCCCUGGCUACUGGUUACAUUUUAGCAAAGGGCCACCCUGAGAAGUUUUCAAGUGACUCCUAUAUGAUUAUGGCCAGAAAGAAGAGUGACUUGGUAAAAUUUGGUCCUCCUUACUCAACAUGACUACUGCCUGUGUGUCUUUGAGUCCUAGUUGCUGACUUCACUGGUAAAAUGUGUUGAUCCUGUUAGCACUGCAAAGCUAAUUAUUAGUAAAGUUCUACUUGCGGAAUCAUUACUCCUGGAAGAGGGUGACCCACCUCUGAUCGUCAGGUCCCAAGCUGAUGUCCGUGCUAGUGAACUGGCUGGUAAAAAGGAUUUGUCCUGCUGUGAAACUCAUUGAGACAACCAAUGUGGAACUCUAUGUUGUCACCUCUGAGUGUAACCCCACUUUCAGCUCCUUUCCUUGGUGUUCCGACAUGAGAUGCUGGGCUGCUAAUUCCAUCCAUAGUCAUGAUGCAAAAGGCACUGGUAACCAACAAAAGGUAAUUGAUCCAGUAACUUGUAAUUACUUUUACAGCAUAGCUUCUUAAUACCCCUGAGCACCCAAUCAUCCAGCCUGUGCAGCAUCACUUUUAAACUGCUCAGAUGGAGGUGGGUGUGUAAGUGGAAGGGAUAGAAAGAACAUGGUCUCUUCAGAGUUUUCUGUUUGUUAUUCUGCUAUAUUUGUUCUCUAGAUUCUUAAGUAAUGAGUGCUUUGAAUUUUGUGAUUAUGUUACCGUGAAGUGUAGGUAAUGUACUAAUGUUCACUUGAACUAGGAUCAUGGUAACAGCGUGGGUUUUUUAUUAUUUUAACUGUUCAGAAAAUAAGUUAAAUACAAGUGUAAUAUUAAGCUGUGAAUCUGUUGUUUUAUUUCUGGUAUGGAGGGUGUAACCCUAAAUACAAAAAGUCUCAAUUCUUCUUUGAA